AUCGAUUGAGCGCAGAAAUAAUAAUCAUCUUGGUAUUUGCGCAUUUGUGCUGUAGACUUAGUUAUAAUUACGCGCAAUUACAGUAUUUCUGUGACGAUUGAAAUGUGUUGAUAUUUUUUAAACUUUAAUAGAACAAGUAACACUGUUCCAGAGAUUGUUUCAUCAUCGAGUGAAAUCAUUUUUGGGAAAUUCAAGAUGAUGGGACCACAGCAUGCGCAAACAAACAAAGACGUCAACGGGCCCACACUUAUGCCCGGUGGGCAAUACAUCAAACCGUCCAACUCUUCAAAGAGUACUUUUAUGAUUUUUUCACCGUAUGCAGAAGAGGUCGGUGCAUUGGCUCGCAGUUUAAAAAUCUUUGAAAGUCACAAAAUAAAUUUAUUGUAUAUUGAGUCUCGGCCAUCUAAAAGAUUUCCGGGCAAGUAUCAAUUCGUUGUAGAGUGCGAUACGGAUGAUGCAAAAAAUUUACAAGCCGCCAUUGAUGAAAUCAAAAAGAACAGUGAAUAUUUCAACAUAAUUUCACGUAAUCACACUGACAAUAAAGAUUCAGUCCCAUGGUUUCCAAGUAACAUCAAGGAUUUGGAUCGCUUUGCAAACCAAAUUUUAUCGUACGGUGCAGAACUGGACUCGGAUCACCCGGGAUUUACAGAUCCAGCUUAUCGUGCACGCCGAAAAUAUUUCGCUGAUAUUGCAUACAACUACAAACACGGGCAGCCGCUGCCGCGAGUGGAAUAUAGCAAGGAAGAAAUUGAAACUUGGGGACAAGUUUUCAAUCAAUUAACUAAACUGUAUCCAACUCAUGCCUGUAAGGAGCACAAGCACGUGUUUCCACUUUUGGUGGAAAACUGUGGUUAUCGCGCUGAUAACAUUCCACAACUUGAAGACAUCUCUAACUUUUUAAAAGAUUGCACUGGAUUCACACUCAGACCAGUUGCUGGUUUAUUGUCAUCUCGUGACUUUUUGGCUGGUCUGGCGUUUAGAGUUUUCCACAGUACGCAGUAUAUUCGUCAUUCGAGUCGCCCACUCUACACUCCGGAACCGGAUGUAUGUCAUGAAGUCCUUGGUCACGUGCCACUCUUUGCAGAUCCAGAGUUUGCACGGUUUUCCCAAGAGAUUGGAUUAGCGUCGCUUGGUGCCCCAGAUGAUUUUAUUGAGAAACUUGCAACGUGCUUCUGGUUCACUGUGGAGUUUGGUUUGUGUCGUGAAGAUGGUGCAUUGAAGGCUUUUGGAGCUGGUCUACUUUCGUCUUUCGGCGAGUUACAGUACUGCCUGUCUGAUAAACCGGAAGUGAGGCCAUUUGAUCCCGCCACAACGGCUAUACAGAAAUAUCCAAUCACAGAAUAUCAACCAGUUUAUUUCGUUGCUGAGAGUUUCGAAGACGCGAAAAAUAAAAUGAUUAAAUUUGCGGCAACAAUUCCAAGGCCAUUUGCAGUCCGCUAUAAUGCUUACACGCAGAACAUUGAAGUUUUGGAUUCCAAGGAGCAACUCUACGCUAUGAUCACGAAUCUGAAUCAAGAAAUGAGCAUUUUGCAAGAUGCCCUGCGUAAAUUAUAAACAACGCUUGUCAAAUCUGGAUUACAUCCAAUCAUCAAAACGUGAUCACAAUAAAUUUUUCCUAACUUUU